ACGGGCCGGAGUGAAUAACCCGGCUCCGGCGGCCGUCCAUAAAUACACGCCCCACCGCACACACGGCCCAUCACACACACAUGCCCGCACAAGUCCGGCGAGCUUCUUUCUGGUAGUCCGGCGAGCUCCCACAACCGCAAGUCUCGCGGCGCGGGUGGUCUUAGCUGUCCCAUGGCCAGCCGCAACGUUAACGGCGCGUCGUGGUCCACUGGCCUCUGGGACUGCUGCGACGACGUCGGUGGCUGCUUCCUCACCUGGUGCUUCCCGUGCAUCACCUUUGGGAGGAUCGCCGAGAUCGUCGACGAGGGGGAGAUACCAUGCUGUGCGAGCGGGUCCUUGUACGUGCUGCUGUGCAUGACCACGGGGUUGGGCAUGGGACUCUACUCCUGCUUCUACCGGUACAAGCUGCGGAAGGCGUACGAGCUUGCGGAGAAGCCCUGCGCCGACUGUUGCGUCCACUUCUUCUGCGGGGCCUGCGCCCUCUGCCAGGAGUACCGCGAGCUCAAGAACCGGGGCUUCCACAUGCACUUGGGAUGGCAAGCCAACGUCGAGAGGAUGGGGAAGGGGACGACCGUCGCGCCCCAAGUGGACCCCGGGAUGACUCGUUAAUCACUUAUAUGAUUCCAGUACGUCUGUUGAUCGGUUGAGUCGAUCGAUAGUGUGUGCUUUCUCAUGUAAUAAGUCGUUUCUCUUUCUCUGUACGCCCCCUACCACCACCACCACCACCACCGUGUGUCGGUCGUAUCCAUGUGUAACUUUCAACGGCAUGUAUCGUAUCACAUGUGUGUAUGCAAGAACUGAAGAAGCAGACACCCACUACUGUAAAAAAGAUGUAUCAUUAUUGGCGAGCAGAAAUCGAUCAGCAUCGACUUGUAUUACUCAUAUAUCGUCAUAUCGACAUUACUAUAUCGAUAUA